AUGACCACCAAUACUUCCAGAGAGACCUACGGUGCAGGAACCACUGUCGACACGGAAUUCCGUCCACUUACUGCUGAGUGUCAAAGACUACUACGCCUCUUUGCUGCAAGAACACCCGGUUUCACCAAAGAUGAAUCUCUCCUCAGCGGAGUCAACUUCCACGGCGAUGAUCUUCCCUGUAUCCCAGGACCCAUAAAGUCUCAAGCCGUAACAGCAGUCCUGCAUGCAAUGGUCGGUAUAGUCGGUCUCGAGAUCCUUCACCUUCGCGGCAUCACCACCCGCAACCAAACAAACAUCGAUGUCAACCAUGCAGGCCUCUACCCCGCUACCGCAGCACUUGUCAAUGUCGACGGCGUCACAGGCCCAGAGGUCAUCAAGUUGCCGACUGUACCUCAGUGGGAUAAGGACCGUGCUUCUAAUUCGCCGCUCGUGUACCGUGCAACGGCUAUCUAUGAGACUGGUGAUAAAGGCGUAUGGUUCCAACUUCACGGCUCGCUUGAUUCGUGGAAGAUGCUGGCCCUUAUUGGUAUUAGUAAAGAUCUCGAUACUGAGAUUCGUACCAACGAUGCUGCGUAUGAGAUCAUUCAGGAGCGAGUUCGUACGUAUCGCGCCCGGGAAAUUGAGCAGCUCAUGGUGGAGAAGGGUCUUUCAGGGUCAAUUGUCUACUCUCCUGAAGAAUGGCGUCAAGCGGAGAUGGGCAAGUCUCUCUCACGACAUCCUCUGGUCAAUUACAAACAACAGACCCAGUGUGCAGCCCUCCCGCCUGUUUCUUUUCCCGUGCUCAAGGACAAAAGACCACUUGCUGGUAUCAAAGUUGUCGAGUUGACUCGCAUCAUAGCUGGUGCAGCUGCCGGCGCCGCCCUCGCAUCUCUGGGCGCCGAGGUCAUUCGCGUCAAUUCUUCCAAGCUCAAGGAUUACACGCCAGCUCAACCCUCUUCCCUGAUGGCUGGCAAGACAACCAUUGACCUUGAUCUCGAAGACCCGACUGACCAUAAGAGGUUGAUGCAACUCUUCGAGCAAGCCGACGUCAUCUUGCAAGGCUACCGCUUGGGAUCAUUGGCCCGAAGAGGCUUUGGAAAGGGAGUCAUCUACGUGGAUGAGAACUGUUAUGGCCCUGAUGGUUACUAUGCAGAGAGACCGGGGUGGCAGCAGGUUGCCGAUGCCGCAGCUGGGAGCUCAUAUGUCAUGGGCCAGUCGUUUGGCUGUCCAAAAGGUCAAGGUGCCCUGCCCAGUCUGCCCAUCUCAGACAUGUCUACAGGUAUCCUAACUGCCCUGACCAUCAUGUGUGGUAUUCGAGAUCGAGCCAAGUUUGGAGGAUCAUAUCAUGGCCAUGCCUCACUUACAGCUUAUAAUAUGGCGACUCUGGAUACUGAGGUUCGCCUGUAUCAAAGGGAAGUAGUUCAGAGGAUCAACGACAAGUAUCAGUUCCCAACUUGGUCGAGCGAUGUACAUGUUGCACCUCUGUACUAUUCCAUCUUGGACGCUUGGGGGAAGAACAGCGAUCUCAUCAAGGAUGAAAAGUACUAUGUUCACUUCUCGGAUUCUGUCUUUGGGUCUGACUUACGCGUUCUUGGACCGGUGGUGCAGUAUGACAAGGAAGAGUACUCGCCAAAGUGGAACAGUCCACCUGUGUCAUUCUGCCAUCAUGAAUUCAGACCUUUUUCUGAUCAUUGA